AUGCUGGAGCAGGUCACUGGUACGCUGCAGGUCAGCUUUACCAAGAUCCUGGCCCUUUCCGCUGUCACCUGGCUGGCAUGGGCCGUCGUCUCAAUCCUAAUAGCAUACAGCAAACUACGACAUGUCCCUGGGCCGCCGUUGGCUGGCUUCACGAAUUGGUGGUGGAUCAAAUCCGCAGUCUCGGGGCAAGGCCAUCUUGCCUUGAAAAAUGCCUGCGAUCGUUACGGAUCCAUUGCUCGGAUUAGCCCGUCCAUGGUGGUGACGUCGGAUCUCGAACUGUAUCGCAAAGCAAAUGCGCACAGGAUCAACGACUACUCGCGGGGCCCGUGGUACAAGGCAUUCAAGAUGGACGCUGAGCGGGAGAACCUUUUCACCGAGCUCAAUGACGAGAAGCACUCCCUCAUGCGCGCAAAGCUGUCUCCGGGGUAUUCAGGCAAGGAUAACCCUGAAUGCGAGCCCAGUACUGAUCAGGUAGUCAUGGACGUCGUGCAUCUGGUCAAACGGAAAUAUCUGUCAGUGGGAUCCAACAUCAAGCCGCUCGACUGGGCCCAGUUGGCACAAUACUUCACCCUGGACGUGAUCACAUAUCUGUCCCUCGGUGAAGCAUUCGGGUUCGUCUCGGACGACACGGACAAAUACACAUAUGUGAAGUCCAUGGAAGACAAUUUCCCCAUCAUGAAUGUCUUUUCGGCAGUGCCGCUGCUGUCAGCCAUCGCGAGGAUCCCAACAGUGCAAGCGAACCUUGUGCCUUCACCGAAGGAGAAGACCGGGCUUGGGAAGGUUAAAGCGGUCGCUCGGCAGAUCAUUGCUGGCCGUUUCUCCGGGGAGAAGGCGGGCCGCUAUGACAUGGUGACUUCGUUCAAAACCCAUGGUUUGUCAGAACUGGAGAUCUCGGACGAGUCGCUGUUCCAGUUGCUGGCGGGCUCCGACACGACGGCGACCAUCGUUCGCACUGGCUUCCUCUCAAUCUUAUCAAAUCCACAGGUAUACCGCAAGCUCCAAGCGGAGGCACUGGCCACAGACAUUGGCUUGGAUAAGGUCAUCUCAUACUCUCAAGCGCUGAGGCUGCCGUACCUGCAAGCUUGCAUCAAGGAAGCUCUGCGACAUCAUCCGGCUGCGGCAGGCUUACUCCCUCGAGUUGUCGGUGCACAAGGUGACACACACAAUGGCGUCUACCUCCCUCCUGGCACCGAGGUCGCCUUUUGCGCCUGGAAUAUGCACCGCCAUAACACAGAGGUAUACGGUGCAGACGCAGAGAUCUUCCGGCCCGAGCGCUGGCUCGAAGCAUCUCCUGAGCGUUUGGCCAUCAUGGAAGAGGCACACCAUCUCGUCUUUGGCAAUGGCAGGUUCCGCUGCAUGGGUGAGAAUAUUGCGAGACUGGAACUGAACAAGAUCUUCUUCGAGAUGAUCCGGAGGUUUGACUGGAGCUUGGUUGAUCCUGUACAUCCAAUCAAGAAGAACACGAACUACGGAUUGUUCGUGCAGAAGGGCAUGUUGGUCAGGGUGAGCGAGCUGGACAGCUGA